AUGCAUCUUUUAACGUUAGUAUUUGGAGUGAUCCUUCACGUCAGUAUAUCACAAGCCGGACACGAAUGUGGAGUUUGUUAUAUGUCUGACUGCUGCAACGACCGUUCAAUCACUGGUAGGAAAAACAUCAAAACGAAUGGAGGUAAAAUAUUCAGUGCGUUUUGCGACCAAGGCUGGACGUACAUAAUGAGAAGAUUCAAUGGGCACGAGAAUUUCUAUCGUACUUGGAGGGAGUAUCAAAAUGGCUUUGGUAAAAGAGAUGGUGAACAUUUCAUUGGUUUGGAUAACCUUGCCAGUUUUGUAAAGGGGCGUACGUGCAAAGUGCGAUUUGAUUUGGAAGCAUGGCCUCCCGUAUCCCCAGCUAAUAGGUUUGCCGAAUAUUCAGUAUUCUCCAUCGCCGACUGGAGCGAUAAGUACCGUCUUACCAUUGGAGGAUACAGUGGAACAGCUGGUAACGCAUUUGGAGGAGCAAAUGGGGCCAUGUUUUCUACCUAUGAUCAAGAUAAUGACAGUUGGGGUGGAAAUUGUGCAUUAAAUUACAAAGGAGCAAUGUGGCACAAGGCUUGUCAUGCCGCAAAUCCAUUUGGUUUGUACACAUACAGACGAAAUUGUCCCAGUAGAGCCCAGUGUCUCACUUGGGUCCAUUGGCCAGGAAUCAUCGCAUCACCCGAUAAUUGGUAUAACACGUUUAAAAGUUUUUCAAUGAAGAUAAAUUGUUGCCACAACAGCUGCUAGAUGUUAGAUUCUGUUGAAGUUUCUUGUACAAAUUGAAAGUGUAAUAGAUUUACUGAAACG